CAUUAAUUUCUAGAUCUAGAUGAUACUAGAUCUCGAUCUAGAGAAUCUAGAUUAAAGUCUAGAUCUAGAUCUAUACAAUCUAGUUCUAGAAUAGUAGACUAGAUCUAAAGAUUCGAGUCUAAAUCUAUAUUAGGUUCUUAGUGAUUCUAGAUUCAGAAUCUUCAACAUUAAAUUGAGGGGCAAGUUUGAUGGCUGGAAUCCCACCAAGGACUAGGUCUAGAAGCUCAAAUGCUUCAUGGAAAGAAAGAUCACCACUAGAGAUAUUGCUACAUAUGGGUUUCUCCAAAGAAAGAGCAGAGAAGGCCCUGGCAGUCACUGGAAAUAAUGGUGUUCAUAUUGCAUCUGAUUGGCUGCUUUCUCACGUCAAUGACCCUCAUCUUGAUGAUCUUGAGGCCCAAGAGUACAUAAUCUAUUUAUGUCCCUGUGGAGACUUUUUAAAAAGGCUUGGCAUUUACUGGGAGACAUCCAUGCAGUCCUGUGGAUGGAAUGCAGCACAUAUAUACCACCCCCACAUUACUCUCUGUUCUUUUUUCAAGCUUCCUAACAACAAAGUUUCAGUCAUUGAUUCUGUGAUCACUUGUAUCAAGCAAGAACUUUUACAAUGGCCAGCAUUAGGCACUUUCAAGUUGGAGCUCUUCACUCAAAGCAAAAACUUCAUCGGCUACUUUGUCCUCAGUCCAUACCACCAGUUUAUAGAGAAACUAAUGAUUCGUGUCCAUCACGAGUUUUCAAAAGCAGGUAUUGAAAUGAAGCCUCAAAUGAAACAGCUACACAUGACCUUGGCCUUCCAGUACGAUCAGAUAAAUCACGAUGUCCUCAUGAAAUUGGCACAAGAGCUGACAGUUCCUCUGCAAACUGAAUGGGAGAUCAAAGUUUUUUCUAGAAAUCCUGCGUUGAAAAGUUCAGAGGUUAGAAAAAUUAUCAAACGCUACAAACCGCAGCAAGAUGAUGAGCUGGAGCUUCAGGAAGGCGACUAUGUUCACAUGGACCCUGAGGAACACGAAAGAAGUCCAGACGGCUGGUUCAAAGGAACUUCUUGGCGGACUGGAGUGUCUGGGUUUUUCCCUGGAAAUUUUACAACCAGGUGUUCUCAAAUGGAUAUUUGGACAGUACACAGGUCAGCUUCAUUGCCCAACACGUCAUCGGGAAAUGUCCAGGUUGAUGUGCAUGAAAGAAAUCUGGAUUCUGGCAUCCUCAACGGCAUCGGGGACUAUGACAACCUGUGGGUGGCCAGCUCUAACGGAACAGCAGAAGGAGAGCAGAUGUAUGCCAAAGUGAAAAAGCCACCCAAGAACUUUGGGUCUGAGCCGAGGAGACUGUUUGUUGUCCGACACGGUGAAAGAUGUGAUUUCGCUUUUAAAAACUGGUUUGAAAGAUGUUUUGACGCUAAGACAGAUGUUUACACUCGUUUCAACCUCAACUGUCCAAAACAAAUGAUCCCACGAGCCAAUUGUAAAGAUUUCAUCAAAGAUUGCCCCCUGACAGUUAUAGGAAGAGAGCAGGCUAGACUGACAGGUGAGUCUCUCCGAGAAACUGGCCAGUCCAUCUCCUACAUUUAUUGUUCUCCAGCUCUUAGAUGUGUGGAGACAGCACAGGAAAUAAUGACAGCUUACGGAUCUCAUGUAAAGAUGUGCAUUGAACCAUCGUUGUUUGAGUGGCUGGGCUGGUACAAACCUAUUUUGCCCAUCUUCAUUACACCGGAAGAGCUGGAGGUUCAUGGCUUUGCUGUUGACAGCAGCUACACACCUUAUGUUCAGUUUGAGAGUAUCCCCAUGACAGAGAGUGUUGGAGAGUAUUACAGGAGGUCACACAGUUUUGUCAACAGUGUCCUCAAGAAGCACAAAGUGGCUGGUGGCAACAUCUUGCUGGUCGCUCAUUCCGGUUCACUGGAUUCAUGCACCAGACAAUUGAGAGGCAAAGCUGUUCGCAACCAAGAAGAAUUCAGAAACAUUGUAAAGGGUUGCCCUUACUGUUGCCUCUGCAUGGCAGUGGAAGACUUUUCCAGCAGUAAGUGGAACCUGGCUGAACCUCCGAUCCCGCAAUUGACCCACGGCACCAAUAAGGAGUAUAAGUGGGAUCUUUUGAUGUCCUAGAGUACGUUUAACGUGACUUGUUGACAUUUUUUUGUUGUUUCUAUUUCUUUUGUGCAUGAAUUAACAUGGCCACUAAUGGGAAUUGCCUUAAAUCAUCCAGUAUGGAUGAUGUACAUACUGUGAUUUUUUUCCCCUUUUUUUUAAAUUUUUUUUUUUUUUUCUUCUUAAAUGGUUUAAUGAAGCAGUGGUUCCCACUGUGUGAUCAGUGAUGCCCAGAUAUUCUACAGUAAACCUUACACACUUUUUAUUCUCUGGUAUUUUCUUAGCCUAUUAUAAUUUUUAAAAUAAAUAUUUUCCACAUUAAAUUUUUAGAAGUCCCACAAAAGCUCAAAACGAGAAUCAACAGCAGAAAUAAUUUUUUAGGGAGUUUCACAAAAGGAUUCUCAAAAGUUAGCACAAAAAUGGGUACAUUUUAUUCUUUCUGUGAUACUUAUUGUCUCAGAACUUGUUUUUUUUUUUUUAGAACUUCUCACGAGUUUGAAGGAAACAUUUCAAACAAUUUGGUAACUUUGUAAGCAACUACCGGUACCAAAGAUUCUCACAUUCAUAGUUCAUUGAGCCUCGUCUUUUAGUGAAACUUAACAUUCUUUUGUUGCUUCACGUCUGCCUAAUGGGUGCAUAAACCAUAAAUAUUUUGGGAAUCCCUGCAUCAGAUGCAGUCAGCAUUUAUUCUUCUGUUCAUUUUUCUUAUGACAGACUGCCUUGUACUUACUAAUCAAUAUGUAUAUCAUAGUGAUAACUCUAUAGCUAGAUCUGUUUAUUUGCAGGUCAGUGUCUACAUUUCCUUCAUUUCCUGUUGUGUGACAUGUUGUACUUUUGUUAUGUAUAACUAACAAUGUGAUCACUGGUGAUCUUGUUCAAUUCUAUGGGUUUUUUUUUAGAUUUAUUUUCUUGUUAUGUAAGUCUUCCAUUAAGCAUUAGCAUUUCUCAGAGAGUCAGAACAAUGUAAAUAAUUGACAAGUUUGCAUGUAAUUUUUAAUUAUUUUUUUUUAAAGAAAUAUUUUUAUUUAAUACAAUUAUCAUCAAUGUAAAUUUUUGGCCAGCAAUGGGAUUGUGGUUACAGUCCACUUCUGUAAUUUGUGGCAAUGGUCACUCAAAUAGUGACUUCACUUAACUUACUGAUGUCAUUCAACUACCACAUAAUGUUAUAAAAAUACAACUAUAGUCCAGAUGACCACAAGAUGAGAAUUGAUGGCUUAGGGUUAAGGACUCCAACCCUGGUUCAUGUUUAAAAAAAUGAGAUAUAAAUAUUUGUAAUGUAUUUACCUACUGAAUGCAUUGAAAUGUAUAAGAUAAGGGGCAUUGUGCUGGCUUCACAAUCCCUUGAUUCAAACUUUUAUAUUAAGUUUUGAAAUGUAAUUGACACUUUUUCUUUUAAAUUCCCUCUACAGAGUUUAUUUUUAAUUAAUCCUGACAUUUUUUUUCUUUACAUUUUUUCAUUUUAAAAAUGAAUAAUUUUCUUCUCUACACCAAACCAAAAUGAAAGAAAAGUUAAAAAAAAACUGUAUAGAAUCAAUCCAUUGAGACGCUCUCCCGAUAAAAUUGAGACAUCUUCAAUGAAAAAAAAAAGUUCAUUGAAGCUAUCUAAAAGCUGGUGGGACAUAUUCUCAAUUCCUUUUUGAUCUUUUUAUCUGAAAGAAAGGGAUAGAUUUAAAAACAAAUUUGACCAAAAUAAAGUUUUGUCACUAUAAUGCUGUGUCUUAUUUUAUUUGAAGAUACUUUUUAGGUUUCAUAUUCGCUUUCAUUCAUGCUGACAGCUCUGUAUUUCACAUUGAAAUAAUAUUCCUGUUUAUGAUACCAGUUAUUUUUAGCCUAUUGAGCAGUUUGUUUAUUCAUUAUAUUUUUCACCAAUUUUUUAACUUUUUUUUUACAUAUAAUUAACUUUAAAAGCUGUAACUACUUUGCAAAAUCAAAGUGCCAACGUAUGUCAUGAGCUUAGUACUGACCAACACUUGCAUUGUGCUGGAUAGAUGAUUAUUAAUCAGUAUUAUUAUAAUAAUGAAUCACUUGACUUUAUAAAGUGCAAUUAUAAAACAUCAGUGGAUCUAUUUAGAGAUGAGCACUGCGCCACUUUUCACUCUUUACGAACCUGUAACAUACAUAUAGAAUGGGAGGCAACUGCAAGAGUCACAAGGUGUCAAAGCAGCUGAUUUGAGUUGAUUUGCUGUUAGUUAAAGAUUUUAUCACCAACCUAAGUGAGGAAUAGUAGAAGAAGAUUUGGGAUGCACUUUUUUUUUUUGUUCAUAUUUUUAUUUCUGACUUGGUUUCUUGACAUUCAGGCAAACGUCUGGUGGGGAGGCACCCAAUGAGCCACUGGGGUUUGCGCCAAAGUGGCCGCUGUCUGGUGGGGAGGCACCCAACGAGCCAGUGGGGUUUGCGCCAAAGUGGCCGCUGUCUGGUGGGGAGGCACCCAAUGAGCCAGUGGGGUUUGCGCCAAAGUGGCCGCUGUCUGGUGGGGAGGCACCCAAUGAGCCAGUGGGGUUUGCGCCAAAGUGGCCGCUGUCUGGUGGGGAGGCACCCAAUGAGCCAGUGGGGUUUGCGCCAAAGUGUCCGCUUUCUGUGAUUGCAAGGCACAUAAAAGAUUUCUUAAUAUUCUUUUUAUAAAAGGGUCCAACUGAGUGUCAUUAAUGGCCCUGGCCUACACUUUUACAGUGGAGUAGCAACCAUAACUUAAAGUAGUUUAACAUGCCUAGAUUCAUGACUAUGAUAUUGAACCCCAUGUGUGGGCCGGACUGUAUGCUAUUGCCAGAGCCAGUUUUAGCACCCAUUACGCCUUUGUUUAUUGACCUCAUCACCCCUUGAUCGACACUUGUGAUGCUGCCAACUUGAAGUGAGAUUAUUUCAGGUUCAUUAUUAAUACUGAACUGGAUUCAUUUUUGAUAUUUGACAAAGUACUGAUCUGUUGGUUAAAAAAAUACAUUUUUUUGUUUGCCCAUAUUUUGAUAUUUUAUUAGGCUGCUCAGGCAAACGUGGGGUUAGUUGAUCACAUUAUGUAUUUCUUGUAACCUACAAGCAAGAAAAUCUGCAAUGUAAAUUUAAUUCAUUUUGUACAAGAACAAAUGUAAACUAUUCUGUCUGUUUGGGUCAGGGAUUUAAGCCUACUAGUGACUGAUACUAAUUUUUUG